AUGGGAUCGCUCAACCCAGGGCUCGUCUACGAGACCGACGUGACUCACCACUUGUUGUUCAUGUGUUAUUACGGCUACGACACCAACACCGUGAGGUGGAUAUCCAAAGUUGCUCGCUCCUCAAACUUUUAUUGCUCUCAACACUCACAAUCGGACCUCAUCUCUAAUCUCAAUUUCCCAUCAAUCUCGGUCGGACUGACGGGAGCCAAUCGAACCAGAACCGUUCCGAGGGUCUUGACAAAUGUCGCCGGAAAUGGAAAUUGGACAUACAAGGCCGUGCUCGAAUUUGGAGGAGCUGGUCCAGUGUCGCACGUGAGGGUCAAGGUAUUCCCAAGAAAGUUAACGUUCACCGAAAAUGGACAAAGGCGUUCUUACAAGAUCAAGUUUUCAUCCAAGGAAGAUUAUCUUAUGAACCAAGAAUUUGUGUAUGGUUGGAUAACCUGGACCAACCCACAUUUCAAGGUCCGAUCACCAUUUGUCGUUCGGAUGAAUUAG